AUGCAGGUGCCCCAGAGGUACCCCCAAUCCCAGGGGGAACAAAACACAACAAAUUCAGAAACAGUUGAUUUUCCUGCUCAAGGAAAUUUACACAUUCAGCCACAGGUUCGUCCAUCCACCAGUGCUUCAAUGGAAGAAGGAAUGAGAAAGUUGAAUCUUCAGGGUGAGUCCAGCAAUUGGCAAUUACCAACUAGAAGACAACGAUGUGAACCUGUGUCAUACUCAGAAGAAACUAUACUGUCUAAAGUGAAAGAAAUCAUGUAUGAUGUCCAAGACAAACUACCAGACCAAGACAACAAGCUCCAUCAGUUCCUCAAGAAGAAAAUUAAGGAUUUGGAGAUCGACAAGAGGGAGCUGGUCGGUGUCUUUGGUAGAACCGGGGCUGGAAAGAGCACUCUGAUAAAUACCAUCAUUGGAGAGAAGAAUCUCUUGCCUAUUGGGAGGGUCAAAGCAUGUACCACAGUCAUGAUUAAAGUGGAGGCUAACAUGCGGAAACAAUAUGAGGCAGAAAUUGAGUUCAUUACAAAAGAGGAGUGGAAAGAUGAGUUGUGGUCCUUGUUAAAUUUCCUUGGGGAUGAUGCAGAUCAGGAAGAUGACGAGGAUCAGGACACUGUUGACAAGCUGUCAGCGCUGUAUGGAGAAGAAUGGAGAGACAAAACCCCUGAAAACCUCAUGGAAAACAAGUAUUUCAAAGAAGUUCCAGAAUUUCUCCAAUCCAAGAGAAAGCUUCUGACAUGUAAAUCAGCUGAAGAGCUAUCUGCAAAAUUAGUCAAAUACACAAGGAGUGAAUCAAACGAUGGAGAAGGAAAAGAAGUGAAGAGGUGGUAUUGGCCCCUGGUGAAGUGUGUGACUGUGAGGGUGCCUAACAAUGAUCUUCUCCAGCAUGUCACACUUGUGGAUCUUCCUGGAAAUGGGGACCGUAACAAGAGCAGAGACAAGAUGUGGAAAGGGGUUGUUGGAAGUUGCUCUACUGUGUGGAUUGUGACUGAAAUGAAAAGGGCAGCAGCAGAGCGUGAAGCCUGGGACAUCCUGAAAAGUGCCAGUAGCCUCAUCGGAAAUGGUGGCGAGUGUCAGCACAUCCACUUCAUCUGCACCAAAUCUGAUGUUACUGGAGUUUGUGAUGAUGGUUCAAAAGAUGCUGUUCGUGCUCUCAUAUUUCAAAACAACAUACAAGCCAAGGAAGAAGUGAACAAAGAGUUCAGAAAACUCAAGGAGUUUAAGAAACAUUUCAGUGAUGAAAGUUUCAGAGUCUUCACAGUGAGCUCCAAAGAGUUUCUUCAGCAACAACAUCUAACGCCAGAGGAAACUGAAAUACCCAGACUUCAGGAAUUUCUGCAAGAGCUCAAUGACUGUCACUCAGAGACAUUAAACUAUGUGUCAGGAGCUCAUGGGAUCCUCUCUCUGAUUCAAGGGGCCAGAAGUAGAGCAGGGGCUGACAGAAACACAGAUGUGUGCAGAGAGCUGAAAGAAAAGAUGAAGCAGGAAAUUGAAAAAGUCAGACAGACCAUGCAGAAGACUUAUGACACCUUUGAAAGAUGCCUCACUGAGGGGGUUGAAAAAUCCAAAAGUUCCUGGGAAAGACUCUUGAAGUCGUUCUUAUAUCCUCCUAGACCAAAGGGUGGCGCUUUUCACAAGAUACUGAAGUGUGUAGUUCAGAAACGCGGCACUCACAAACCAAAGAACAAAAAACUAAUAAACCUCAAUAUGGAGUUAACUUCAUGCCUGACUGACAGCAUUGAUGAGGAAUUCAAGAAGACCUUCCCAAAUGAAGCAAAAUGUGGACCAUUCAACGGGAGCAUCAACUCGUUUUCACUUGAAACAGAGAGGCUGAUGAGAGAGAGGCAAGAGUACAAAGAUGUCGAACUGCAACUGAUAUUUCUCAAGACAGAGGAAGAAAAAAUGAAGACAAAACUCAACAAAAUCAUCCGGGAGCAAAAGAAAACCAUCUACAACAGUCUGAUGGAGACAAUUGAGGAAAACAUGCAAGAAUGCUAUGAAAAAGCAGCAGAAAUUAGCGGAGCAGGCAUGCUGAAUAACAUGAGGAGCACUAUUGAGAAGCAUGUACGAGAUUCAAAGGACAUCAUGUUUCAGAGGGCUAAAGAUGCUAUGUUGGAGCAGCUGAGAAACUUGAUGGUGCUGAUCCUGGGGGAACUGAACACAAUGCAGGAAUCAAUCGAGCUGUCACUCAAUACAGAUGGUGACUCAAUCCCAGAUGUUUCAGGUGAGCUCCAGAUGGUGAAGAACUACUAUGAUGAACUGAAGGAAAACUCAAGGGAAGAACCACCAUAUAUGAGUGCUGAUCCACCCGUCCCAGCAACCCAUUCAUGACGUGUGCAUAGGUUUGCUCAGUGGAGAGAAUCAGCAGAUGCCUGAUCACCCACUGAAGGUCCCUGUGGGCACACCGAUCCCUCAGAGACAUGACACCUCUGGAUUUGAUCUCAACCAUUUUUGUCAAGUUAUCGUAUCCCUGUUCUUUUUGAGUUUUAAUGUACUUUGAGUUUGCUUGUUGUUGUGUAUUACAUGCAGAGAGACAUUUUAGACAUUUUUGCUUUCAAGUGAUUAUAGAUCAGAGGCAGACAGAAAAUGUGGGGAGAAGGGUGGAGGGAGCUGAAUCCAAACCAGAGACAUAAGCCCUGUUUCCACCAAGCAGUAUGGUACAGUUCAGUUUGUUACGCUGUUUUUCAGUUUCCACUGUGAAAAGUUGUGGAUGGUACCAAUGGAACCGUUCUGCACCGUCCCCAUGUUUGGUCCCCCCUCUGUUGGGGUACCUAGCACACAGAUCUGGUACUAAAAGGUGGAGCUGUGAACACUGCAGUCUGUUGAUUGGUCAAUAGAGGACGGUCACUCUGCUCAGGGCUGAGUUGUGGCCCGUUUUGAGGCUCAUAUAACCACUGUUCAUACUGUGGAGAGUUUUAUUAGACUGUAACUAUAAAAUGAAAGGAUGUUUUGCUGCCUCUCGCAGCAGCUGGAGUCUGAGAAAAAAAUAACUUAAAUCAGCUGACGACAUGAAUCCAUCAGCACACCUUAAAUGUCAAUGUGACAACUUUGACCAUUUCUAGAGUUUUUAUAUGACAUACACUUUUAGUAAUGAGUGGAUCUUCAAGUGUUUAUAUAUAUUAAUUUUUGACUAGGUUAUUUGAACUGCAUAUAUUCCUAUCCUUACUCCGACAAAAAAAAAAAAAGCAGGGUCUAGGUACCAUGUCUGAAGGGUUACUUUGGUUCCAAAGGUACUAUACUGAAAGUGUUUGGUGGAAACGGGUGCGGGUCUAACCCACCAGUGUACUAUGAUCUCCCAGAGACUUUUUGUUUUUCACAAUUAAACAUGUUUUUCUUCUUUUUGAAUGUGUGCAUGUUUUUUUUCAAUGUUUUUAUUUUAUUAGUUUAGGGCUGAUUGAUUUUAAUAUUUUGGGUGUCUCACUUUAACCUUGAACCUUCUUUACAAUACAUACUGUGGGUUAGAUCUGACAAAGACUUUUCAAAGAGUGAUCUUGAUGUUUUUCUUUCAUGUUCAAGGACAAAACUGUUGCUUACUGCAAAAUAAUGACUUGUGUAUGUCUUCAUUCAUAUAUAAGAAGUAGAGAGAACUAGUUUAGAUUAUAGUCAUAAACUAUCUUAUUUGGCUUUUUUUAUUUACUCAACAAUUGCUCUGUUUUAAUCCACAUUGAUUUUAAAUGCAUAAAUGUGUGUGAUAUGGUAUACUGUCCAAUACAUCUCAAUAAAGUUUUGUUUUGUGAGUGCCA